UACAGGAGUUGUAACUGUCGUAAACUAUAGUCUUGAAAACCACAAAUUGUAAAAGGAUUGGAAAGGAUGAAGUCCACAACUAUUCAUUUUUACUUUUUUCUUGUGUCAUCAUCGAUGACAAUCGCUUCUGUACCAAGGCCCGAAUUCAUUUGGUACCUAUACCCCAAAUGGAACAAUCAGCUCUAUGGAUAUAACCCCGCCGCUAACACUUCUUUCCUUCCUAAAAGCAUCAUCGGAGAAGUCCUGGAGCAGAGAGACGAAGGGAUUCAUAGCGUUGCCCUCGGCUCCGGCUCAAAUAAAACACAUAAAAUCGUUCUCGGAACUCUAGCCGAUACCCUUGGCAACAUGACUGCUUUGCCAGCCUUUACAAUAUCUUUUCUGUAUAGAAUCGAUACUUUGCCGUUGCCAGAGGCUGUUUCUGUUCGUAUUUUCGUUUCAUCCCCCAGGCGACAGAAGCGAGAAAACAGCAAUCCCGUUGAGUUAAGAUUGAUACAGACGGGGGACGAGAUAUCUUUUCAUGCCGCUGUUGGACAUCAUGAUUUGGUAACGGAAUCUGCGCGUGUCAACCAAAUGGCAAAAAAGACUGAAUGGUUUCAUGUAAGCAUUAUGUAUACCGGCUCCAACCAAAAUGAAACACAAGUAUAUGUUAACGGGACAAAAAUGGCUGUCGAUAUUUACGAAUCACCGAUAGCUGCCCAACCUCCAAACCCCACCCCUUAUGAGUAUUCCAUUGGCUAUGAUGAAUCUAAGGUAAAGUUUUCAAUCAGCUGGUUCCAAGUCUUCAGAGGCGUGCUAAGCAGUACAGAGGCGAUGGAACUCUCUGAGGCAACCUUCAGUCAAGCGCUGAAAACUGUUCAAGUUGAAGCAAGUUUUACCAUCACUGCAGUGAGCGUACAGGAAGAUGCCGGGAGCAUUAAUCUGAUGGGCAUGAGAACCGGAAAUGCGGAACUUGCUUCGGCUGUAAGGUUCAGUGCUACAAGUGACUCAGCUGUAAUAGACAAAGAUUUUUCCUUCCAAUCCAAGGAAUUCAUAUUCAAACCAGGAGAGAUUCAUUACAGUAUUGAAGUCUCUAUCCUGAAAGAUGACUGGACAGAAGACAAUGAGAUCUUCACUAUUUCCAUGACCUCUUUGGAUGGCGUGACAUCCAUCGUCACGAACGGGAGUGUCACGGUCACAAUUAACAGCAAUGGUAAGAUUUAA